UUUCAUUUAACAGGCUUCCUCCACAAAAUUUCGCUCACCUAAAUUGCGAACUUUCAGGGAAGAAAAUGAGCCCUAAUCGAAAUUGAAACCCUAAAUCCCCCUAAUCUAAACCCUGAGCUCGAAAUGAAAGUCCUUCACGCCAUUGCUAACUACUCAAACAGCCCACGCAAGCAUGAAGAAGCAGCUCCCAUUCCGUUUCUGUAGUUCUCGCAAUGGACGGACAAUACGAAGUUUACAGCCAGGUAAUCAGUUUAAUGGUUAUGAGAGGACUCGAACUGGUGACCAUGACCAUUGAGAAGCAAAUUCAAGGUCUGAUCAUUGAGCUACCCCUCAGGUGAAUAAGAGUAGCACAAGUCUAACUAGAGCUUAUUGGGAUUGCUUAGCUCUUAAGGAGGCCGUGUAAUGAAGGAAAUACGUAUAUAUGUCUUGCUAGAGGUUCAAGCUUGGCAUGGCCCGUAGAUUGGCAGCUAUGCUCCAACUUAAACAAGGAAGGCAAGGAGUUUUUGAGCUUUGAAGAAACAAAUAUCAUUCCUUGUACUUUCUGCUAGUCACAUGGUAUCCUCACUCAGGCAAUUAGGAUGUCUACUCCAUCUAGGAAGCAACUAAUGAGGGAUUUCAAGAGUUUACAACACUACCCCUCUGCAGGUAUCAGGGGUGUGCCCCAAGAAAAUAAUAUUAUGCUUUGGAAUGCGGUCACAUUCAGGUGAGUUUCAGCAUUCUGCUUGCACCAAAACUAACAAUUUCCAUGUAGGCAGUACUUACCAAAUGCACAUCCAAUUAAAAGCACUUCUUUCGGAACUAUCAAAACUCAAUCAAACCCUUUCAAGAGCCAAGAUUUUGCAUGGACUCGUAAUUCAAAAUAACCUCUCUCGUGAUUCAUUUUACUCAACCAAAAUUGUGAGAUUAUAUGCAAUAAACGGUGAUCUCGUCUCCGCUCGCAACCUGUUUGAUAAAAGUCCUCAACGGAGCAUUUAUCUGUGGAACGCCAUAAUUCGAGCUUAUGCACAGGCCCACAAAUUUUCUGAUGCAUUUAUGCUGUUUCGGCGCCUGCUGUUUUCGAAAACAGAGCCUGACAACUUCACAUUCGCUUGUGUUUUACGUGCAUGUUCUGAAUGGAGGAAUAUAGAGGGUUUGAGGGCAGUUCAUGGGAAAGUGGUUGUUUCUGGUUUAGGGAUGGAAUUUAUAUGUGAUAGUGCACUUGUGAGUGCUUAUUCUAAGGUAGGCAAUGUUGAUGAGGCGAGUAGUGUGUUUUAUGGGAUAGAUGAGCCAGAUUUAGUACUGUGGAACACUAUGAUCUCGGGAUAUGGUUGUUAUGGUGAUUUCUCGAAAGGGCUGCAAUUGUUUAGCAUGAUGCUGGAAAUGGGAGUAAGCCCAGAUGGGUAUACGGUGGUAGGGUUGAUCACGGGGUUGACUGAUCCUAGUUUGAUAAAAUUUGGUGAAGCGAUUCAUGGUUUUUGUUUCAAACACAGUUUUGUUCUGAAUGAUCAUGUGGGUUGUGUUCUUGUGAGUAUGUAUUCAAGAUUUAAGUGUAUGGACUCGGCCUGUAGAGUUUUUUAUAGUCUAGUCCGUCCUGAUUUAGUUACUUGGUCGUCGCUAAUAACGGGGCUUUCUCAGGCUGGGGAUUCUCUGAAGGCCUUGUACUUUUUCAGAAAAUUUAUCAUUGAUGGCGGAAAGGCAGAUCCUGUAAUGAUUGCCAGUGUACUUGCGGCUUCUGCUCAGUUGGCAGUUGUUGGGCCAGGCAGCGAGAUACAUGGUCAUGCUGUUCGUAAUGGAUAUUACAUGGAGAUCAUGGUUUCCACUGCUUUGAUUGACAUGUAUGCGAAGUGCGGGUUCUUGGAAUUGGGGAUUCAGGUUUUCGAAACUAAGACAAGUACGAAUAUAGUUAUGUACAAUUCUAUAAUUUCAUGUCUUGGUCUGUAUGGACGAGCGCUUGAGGCCUUUCAGAUGUUUAAUGACAUGAUAGUUGGAGGAUUCAGUCCAGACGAAACUACUUUUUGUGGUCUGCUUUCUGCAUGUUGUCAUGCUGGUCUUGUCAGCGAUGGUUGGGAAUAUUUUACAAUGAUGAAAAAUGAAUUUGGCAUUAAAGCUAAAACCGAGCAUUAUGUUUACAUGGUAAAGCUUCUUGGGAUGGCUGGAGAGUUGGAAGAGGCCUAUCAGCUAGUCAAAUCCAUAGAACAACCAGUGAAUUCGAGUAUUUGGGGUGCGCUUUUAUCAUGUUGUGAUGCUCAUAAGAAUUAUAAAUUGGGAGAGGUCAUAGCUCAGCAUCUAUUUAAGAAUAAGGCAGAAAUUAGCAAGUACAGUGUUAUGCUCUCUAAUUUUUAUGCUGGUGAUGAGAGUUGGGAUGCUGUGAAUCAGUUGAGGGUUGAAAAAGGCGGAGACACAAGGAAAAUCCCGGGGAUAACCUGGAUUGGUGGUACAAAUUAUUGAGGAAAAUCAAUGCCUGAUUAAACUCUCCGUUGUGCCUUUGGUUGAGUAAUCCCAUAAGGCAGCAAAAGAUCUAAUUCAGUUCCAGUCUUCUGAGCAUGCCUUUCACAAAAGAACAGACAGAUCAGUUUAAAUUUGUUCCAAAAAGGACUGAGCUGAGGUUGAUUGAAGUUCAGGAAGAAAUAUUUGGGAAUGUUUACUUUUUCAGUAGACGCCUGAGCUAUGAAAUGAAUUUUUCCUACAACGGUUGGCUGUUCCUCUCUUCAUCAGAGGCAUGAUAUGUUGAUGUAACAGAUGAAAUGAAGGAAGCAUUAUGGUUGAAGGGGCUAAUGAAUUAACUCAUGAGAGAAGAACAGACAAAGUGGAUUUUCAAUGACAGUGAGUGCCGUCUGCCUCACCAACCAGGUUCAUUGUGAGAGGACCAAAUACAUUGAUGUAAGAUUGCACUUUAUAAAGUUGCUGCCUUUUCAUUUA